CGACACACUACCCCGUCGUAGGAGGCUAAUUGGGUGGCGUUUGGUUCACAUGUUUGCUAAUGUAAUGGUUAAUCGAUAACAUUAAAUAAUGUUUGUUUAAAUCCAACCGUAAUCGCUACUAUACUACAAAUGGAUACCGCUCUAUUUAAAUUUGUUACCACUAAUAUUCAAGUGUGAAUCGUUACUAUUACCGUUUACUUUACACUUGGCGAACCAAACGGCAGGGGAGCCAUGCAUGAGCUCUUUGUCGGUUAAAACAGCUCGUAGAAGUAGAAAGGAAAUAAAGUUGGCAUUUCCAGUGCACGAUUAUUGCGCGCUGGAAAUUCCGAGAUCGCGAUUCUAGAAACAGUGAACUUAACACUCCGUACGUCAGCUAGUACCCCGUAGAAAUGCUUCUUGAGUGGUCUGGCAUUGUACACGUAGCUAGUACUUGUAUUGCAUUUUUCAGAAAGUGUCCGGCCUUGGGGGGUGUUCAUUACCAAUUUGACGUGGGAUCAAUGUAUAUAUGAGCGUACUUGUAUAUAACGUAAUUAAUAAGAUCACCGCCUACAGUGCUCGGCUAACUCAAAGACUAUUAAGGCCGCCCAUGCUCCGUAUCCAUCAUUGACGAAUAUGUAAACUCGUGAUUCGUGAACUUAUUACAAAGCUCUCUAGCUUAGCUAGAGACCUCAUCAUUUGUAAAUAAAAAGCGAUAGAUGGUCGUGCAACAGAAAUGCCACGGAACGUACGUACUAGCUACUUUUGAAUCUGUCACCACGGCGCAUAGGCCCGUGCACAUUCUAUAUAUCGCUUUUGUUGACAUAUAUAAGCACACAUGACCAUCGAGAAUACUCUCCAUUCUUGGACAACGGCCGAUAACUAUAAUAAUAAAACCGAGUCGGGGGAAAUAAAUAAAUAUGUUUUACAAUUCAGAAUAAAAUUAGGAUUCUGAUAUCAUUGAGCAUAUAUACUAUGUGCCAUAAUGCGGACUCCGACGGUCCAUGCAAAACACUAGUUUUAAAUAAGAUUUGAGAUAUGAGUGAGAUCGAUACGUAGUCUGCUGGAGAUGGUCUAACGACACAGAAAAAAAUGGUGUCAGGUUCGAACAAUCAAACGAAAUAUUACCUUUAGUUACUUUAUAUAUACUACUAUAGUAAUGUUAUAAUAAUAUAUAUCAAAAUACAUGUUCUUAUAAAAAAACCAUGCAUUAGGAUUUAGAGUGUGUUAAAACAAGUAUACAAACAUAUUAGAAUAAGUAUAGAGGCAUAUUAAAAUAAGUGCAUGGGUGGCUGGAAGGGGGACCCACGCCCUGGCAGGGAGGUCGAGGACCAGGAGGAAGACGACCCAGAGCGCGGUUUGUUUGACUCGCCACCUUUCUGGGAGCGAACAGAGCACUAGCACACCCAGAGCACUUGGCGUGCUCUAUAUAUAAUCCUGCUGUCCAGCCAGCAAGGUCAUCAGCAGCUCACUGCAUCCACACGAGCACUGCUGCUAUAGCGCCAUAGCGGUAGCUCUCUUCCCAUCAUAUCUCUCGUCUCGUCGCUUCCACUCCACUUGCCCUGCCACCAUACCAACCACGUCCAGCUUGAACCCUCGACCUCGAGCGAGGCCGGUACCGUGGUGGAGCCACGCUGUGUCAACCAGUGAUCUGAAAACCGAGGUGCCUUUCCUCGGUGUUACUAUGGAGUUCAUCGGCAGCGGCAAGGACGUCGUCAAGAAGAUCCAGCUGGUGGCGGCCGGCGGGCUGAGCACCGAGCUGCCGUCGUCGUCGUCGUCGAGAGGAGAAGGGGACGCGCUGCCGGCGCUCCUGGUCAAGGCUCCGUCCCAGACCGUCGCCGGCUUCGACUGCGUCGGCGCCGACGACGUCGCCGUGUCCCUGCACGAGAUGGACGACAAGGUGGAGGAGCUGCAGGGCCGCCCGGGAAGCAACAAGGACACUGCCAUCAGAGCCUACGACGACGCGCACGUCGUCCCGUACUCCGUCUCGCUCAGCAUGCCGGCGUCGCCGUCGGGGUUCCACCUGUCGCAGUUCAUGCCCGUGGCGCCGACCGACCACGUCCAUCGUCCUGAACCUACGGCGCGAUCGCCGCGGCUGGUCAAGCAGACGCGGUUCCACUCGCAGCCCAUCGUCCUGAACAUGAACCUGCACCCGUCGUCGUCGACCAACAAGAACGUCGACGAGGCGCGGCGGUGGGACAGCGCGCGCGACAAGCGGUUCGACCCGUUCAAGACCUUCUCGGGCCGCCUCGAGCGGCAGCUGUCCAACCUGCGCGGCCGCCCGCAGGACCCCGUCGACGGCGUAUCGUCGUCCCCGGACUCCGAGGAGGAGACCGAUCAGGUCCCCGCCGCCGACCGCUACUUCGACGCCUUGGAAGGCCCCGAGCUCGACACGCUCAGGGCCACGGAGGUGCCGGUGCUGCCGAAAGACGAGAAGUGGCCAUUCCUCCUUCGCUUCCCCAUCAGCGCGUUCGGCAUGUGCCUGGGCGUGAGCAGCCAGGCCAUCCUGUGGAAGACGCUGGCGUCGGCGCCGGCGACGGCGUUCCUGCGCGUGAGCCCCGCGGUGAGCCACGCGCUGUGGUACGUGGCGCUGGCGCUGACGGCGCUGGUGUCGUCCACGUACCUGCUCAAGGUGGUCUUCUACUUGGAGGCGGUGCGGCGCGAGUUCUACCACCCGGUGCGCGCCAACUUCUUCUUCGCGCCGUGGAUCGCGUGCCUGUUCCUGGCGCUGGGCGCGCCGCGGCUGGUGGUGGCGGAGAUGCACCGCGGCGUGUGGUACGCGCUGAUGGCGCCCAUCUUGUGCCUGGAGCUCAAGAUCUACGGGCAGUGGAUGUCCGGCGGGCAGCGGCGCCUGUCCAAGGUGGCCAACCCGUCCAACCACCUCUCCGUCGUGGGCAACUUCGUCGGCGCGCUGCUGGGCGCCAGGAUGGGCCUCCGCGAGGGCCCCGUCUUCUUCUUCGCCGUCGGGCUGGCGCACUACCUGGUGCUCUUCGUGACGCUGUACCAGCGGCUGCCCACCAACGUGACGCUGCCCAAGGAGCUGCACCCCGUGUUCUUCCUCUUCGUGGCCGCGCCCAGCGUGGCGUCCAUGGCAUGGGCCAAGAUCAACGGCCAGUUCGACAACGGCGCCCGGAUCGCCUACUUCAUCGCGCUCUUCCUCUACAUGUCACUGGCGGUGCGCAUCAACUUCUUCCGGGGCUUCCGCUUCUCGCUGGCGUGGUGGGCGUACACGUUCCCGAUGACCGGCGCGUCCGUGGCGACGAUCACGUACGCGACGGAGGUGACCAACGUGCUGACCCGGGCGCUCUCCAUCGGGCUGUCGGGCAUCUCCACCGUCACCGCCGCCGGGCUGCUGGUGACCACGGUGUUCCACGCCUUCGUCCUCAGGGACCUCUUCCCCAACGACGUGUCCAUCGCCAUCACGAGGAAGAAGCCCAAGUUCAGCAAGAUCCUGGCGCAGGUCCGCUCGUCCAGCUCCGACAUGAAGGAGCUCGUGCUCUCCCUCUCCAACAAGCCGGCGGCGCAGUCCGACUGCGGCGACACCGAGACCGACCCGUCCGUGACCGCCAAAUCCCGAGCCGAGCCGUGACUGCUAGCUCAAAAAAAAAAAAACCUAGCUAGGAGCCGCUCGCUCGCGGUUCCAGUCGUCUCGUCUCGUCUCAUGUAUAUCUGCUGGAUCCCUUAGCUAGAUGUACAUACAUACAUACAUGUUUUUUUUUCUCUGACGAAGGAGAGAGAGGUCGCCGACGCGACGAGCAGGGGUGCAGAGUGCAGACACGCAUCCUUCAUCCUUGGAGCAUUUCAGUGAUGAUGAGGAUAUCGCGUGAGGAAAAAUAGUACUCCUUAAUGUAGAUCUACCGACCAUGUACUAUGUAAUUGGCGUGGACUACUUAUGUAAUUAAGAAUAAAGCGUGAACAUGUUGUGGCCUUUAAA